UUAGUAGGUAUACGGUAUAUGUGCCGUAACCCAAACAAUCCCUCAGCCGUCAGUGUAUAUAUACUACACCCCUACAUUUGCAGCUUUUCAUGCUGAAUCCCACAAUCACUAUGGCCAAUUGCGCUUUUCUUCAACUCACACUCCCCAUUUUCACACUUGUUCUCAUCCUCUCAUCAAAUUUCAUCCAGACACAUUCCCAACAGUUUUCAAGAAGGCUUUCCAAAACUGAAAUGGGCCUCAAAGCACAAAAGCUCUCCCACCUCCACUUCUACUUCCACGACAUAGUCAGCGGCCGCCAACCCACCGCCGUGCGCGUGGCGGAAGCCGCCGUGACCAACUCCUCCGCCACGGGCUUCGGCUUGGUGGUGAUGAUUGACGACCCUCUCACUCUGGGCCCGAAUAUGAGCUCCAAGAUUGUGGGGAGAGCUCAAGGAAUCUACGGAUCGGCGGAUUUGAGCAAGCUGGGGCUUUUGAUGGUCUUGAACUUCGCAUUCACUGAGGGGAAGUUCAACGGCAGCACGCUGAGCGUGUUGGGGAGGAAUGCGGUGUUUUCGGCGGUGAGGGAGCUGCCCAUCGUGGGGGGAAGCGGCGUGUUCCGGUUUGCUAAGGGGUAUGCAGAGGCGAGGACUCAUGAGUUGAACUUCAAGACAGGGGAUGCUGUGGUUGAGUACAAUGUGCUAUGCACUCCCAAACUUCACUCAACUCACUGUGACAUCAUAUUAUGCUGCUUCAAGUGCAUCUCACUAUGGCAUUUCACAAUGAGGAUGACCAUGUUUCCAAUAUUUGAUGAUGUAAGGAGCUUUAAGUGAUCUCCUGCAGGUGGCCCAAAUUAUAUUAACUCUACCCUACCU